AUGAUUAACCACAAACUUGAAAUUUUUACACUUUUAAAAAAACCAACAACAACAAUUUUUAUAAAUAAAUUAAUAUUAAUCAAUAUCGAUAUAACGGAAGAUGAAUUUAAAAAACUACAACAAAUAGCAAAAUAUUUGCAAAAAAGCGUAGAAGAAGCAGAAUUGAGAGAAGGAUUACGAGAGGGAGGAAAUAAUAAUAAUAAUAAUAAUAAUAACGGAUAUGAUUCUUAUAAAACAAAUAAAGAAUACCGGAAACCGGAAUUUGAUUACGUCAUGGAAGGUAAACCGGAAGAAAGUGAAUUUGCCGUAAAUCCGUCUGAUCCGAGAUAUUUUGGAAAUUUCAAAGAUUACAAUUCGAACAUAUUAAGAAAUUCGGAAAUGGAUAAUACAAAUAAUAAUAAUAAUAAUAAUGUUAAUAAUAAUAAUGAUGUCGUUUUUGAAACGAGUAAAACAUCGAGAGAUACGAAUAAUAAAGAAACGUCAUCUUCGUACCUGGAUUCGGGUGUACCCAUAGUUGCUGGUUGUACCGGUGCAGCGAUUGUUUGUAUUAUCGUCAUUGGUAUCAGCUGUUACAGGUGA